GGAUGAGCUCUUGAUUUGAUUUGAUUUGAUUGAUUUGAUGGAUUUGAUUGAUUGAUAUCCUGCGGCCAUACGGAGCACAUCCAAACCGUCCCAUACAUCCCAUCCAUCCCAUCCAUCCCACGCGAACCAUACAAACCACCCCAGCCAUACACACCAUACACACCUGCCCAUUCAUUCUACUGUGUAAAUAUCCAAGAGGCCGAACCCUUUUGGUGCUUCUUCCCAUCUCCCAUCUCCCAUCUCUCUCACUCUCUACCUACAUUUCCAACCUCGGCCGUACCCUCUCAUGCUCACCGUCUUCGCUGCGCUGCCCUGCUCUCAUUACACGAGACUUCUUGUCAGUUCCUCAUCCGUACCGCACAUAGCCCUGGACGCACGGCAAGAAACACACACAUCUACUUGUUCGACAUCUCCCCAAAGACCACGGCUUUCGGCGAGAAGAACAGGAUACGGACGGAGAACACGGCUACCAGGUAUAUACGCAAAAGAUAAGAAGGGCAAAAGAGAGACCAUCAUCGCGCAAAAGCAAAGGCGAAAGCGAAGCCCCCAAAAGUAAACAAUUCCCCAUUUCACAUAAAUACUCCCACUUUUCCCUCCUACCCUCCAUUACUCUUUUUCCCUCCUCUCUCUGUCGCGCGCGCGCUCUCUCUCUCUCCCUCUCCCGCUCUCUGUCCCAUCCACAUGGACUUUUGAGGACUGGGUUUGUGUUGGGUGUGUGUUCUGCAUCAAACGGAGUUGGGGUUCAUGUUCUGGUUGGACAUAUUCUAAGAGCUUCUAUAAGAUUCUAGCUAGGGAAAAAAAACUUAUAUUCACCACACACUACACACUACACACCACACACCACACACAACCUCCCUAGGCUGGUCACUAAUAACUGGCAUCACUCGCUAUCAGCCAUUGCAGCAAGCAAAGUCAACCGCCGUAUCAUAUUUAAUUUUUUUCUUCUUCCUCACAGUCGGUCCAACCACAGUCGCUCGUCAGACCGGCUACACGCACCCACGGCCAUCCCAGCGAGGAAGGAAUUAUUAUCUAUUCUCAAUGUCCUUUAACCUCUUUUCCAAAACACCCAGAAAACCAAAGAAACCUGAAGAUACCGAGGAGGGGAUUCAAACGGAUUCGCCUCGCUCCAAAUCCCCACUAAAGAAAUCUUACUCCCGAUUAAGUAAAAAUAGAGAAGAGGAAAAUAUUAAAUCAGAGGAAAAACAGUCAGGUUCAACCAAAUCCAGCCGCAUUCGACCAAAGUCGAGUGUGUACCCGUCGCGAAAUUCUUUUGAUCCCAACACCACUCAUCCUCUAAACCUUCCGCCAGAUCAGCUGCGGAGGCUAUCGACUCAGGUUAGGAUGUCGGAACCUAUGGAUAUCGACGUUGAGUCUCCUGCCGGCGCUCGCAACCCAUCCCCGCCACCUGCUACCAGUUCACAGUCAAGCACGCAGCCCAGCUCAUCGAAGCCAGCAGAGCCUGCUCGUAAGCCUUCUUCCAAGUCUGCCUCGAAGCCUGCUCCUCAGCCAAGUGCACCCAAUGGUGACGGUGCUUCAGCUAACGGAGAGGGACCACCCCCUCCUCCACCAGCUCACAAAUCAAACCCAACAAGUCCUCAAGCGGUAGCGCCACCUACCCCAGAAGAAGCAGAGUCAUUCAAAGAUGCGGGAAAUAGAUAUUACAAGGCUAAGCAGUACAAGAAAGCCAUUGAAGAAUACACCAAGGCUGUCGAAGCGAUGCCAUCAUCAUCCACCUAUAUCAACAAUCGUGCCGCGGCUUAUAUGGCUGCUGGUCAAUAUUACCAGGCUUUGGAAGAUUCCAAGCGAGCUGACCAGCUCGAUCCUAACAACCAUAAAGUCCUUUUACGAUUGGCUCGAAUCUACAUCAGCAUGGGAUUGCCACAAGAAGCUAUGGAUACCUUUGGCCGAAUUCAGCCACCCCCUUCAGCAAAAGACAUGGCUCCAGCUAAAGCUAUGUUGCAACAUCUUGCGGCUGCAGCAGACGCACUUAAGAACGGAACCGGAUCAAUGGCGAUACACUCUAUCGAGCAGGCAGAAAGAUUACUUGGCAUGGGUGUACCCAAGCCACGUAAAUGGCAGUUGAUGCGUGGUGAGGCUUAUUUAAAAAUGGGCAAUGUCAACGCUUUGGGAGAUGCACAAAACGUGGCCAUGUCUUUGUUACGAGGCAACAGCCAGGAUCCCGAGGCGCUUGUUUUGAGGGGCAGAGCUUUAUACUCUCAAGGCGAAAACGAAAAGGCUAUUCAGCAUUUCCGACAAGCUUUGACAUGUGAUCCUGAUUACAGAGACGCAGUCAAGUAUCUAAGACUGGUCAGGAAGGUUGAUCAGUUGAAAACCGACGGAAACGCGGAGUUCAAGGCUGGGCGAUACCCAAAUGCCAUUGAAAAGUACAGUGAAGCUCUCGCACUCGACCCUACAAACAGAGGAACAAACUCCAAACUACUUCAAAAUCGUGCUUUGUGCAAAUCUCGCCUCAAGGAUUAUGCGGCUGCUAUUGAGGAUUGUGAUCAAGCUCUCCAACUUGACCCCUCAUACACCAAAGCAAAGAAGACAAAGGCCACCGCUCUUGGCGAGUCUGGCCAGUGGGAGGAAGCUGUACGCGAGCUUAAGCAGUUGCAAGAACAAGAUCCUUCAGACGCUGGUAUUGCUAGGGAGGCACGAAGAGCUGAACUCGAGUUGAAGAAGAGCAAGAGAAAGGAUUACUACAAGAUUCUUGGCGUUGAGAAGGACGCAGAUGAUAACCAGAUUAAGAAGGCUUAUAGAAAGGCUGCAAUCAUCCAUCACCCGGAUAAGAACCGGGACGAUCCACAUGCAGAGGAGCGAUUCAAAGAUAUUGGAGAAGCUUACGAGACCUUGAGCGAUUCUGAGAAACGUGCACGAUACGAUAGUGGUGUAGACUUGGAAGAUCCAAUGGAUGGCUUUGGAGGCGGUAUGGGAGGUGGUGGGGGAGGAAUGAACAUUGAUCCAGAGAUCCUGAUGCAAAUGUUCGGAGCCCAGAUGGGAGGGGGCCGUGGAGGCGGAGGUGGUUUCCACAGUUUCGGUGGAGGUAUGCCGCAGGGAGGUCGCGCUCGGGGCGCUCCUCAAGGCUUUCCAGGUGGAUUCUCGUUCCAGUGACCCGGUGAAGAUCAGAAUCAGGAUAUCAAUCAAGAUCAAUCCACCUCUCACAACACAUCAAAAAGUUCACGUCGAAGUUCUGAUUUCACAAAAGCUUCUCAUGAUCCCAACGGAACAUGGUGGUUACGUAAAGCAUGGAUGGGGUUCCUACUGGCGGGCGUUCUUCUUCCUCUUGAUCUCUUGGCCCUUCUAGCUUUUUUAAUGGCCGGAGUGUACAUUUGCAUCAAAAUCACCAAUUACGUGCGUCGAAAACGCGACGCCUCAUAGAAUUUUGGGGAUUAGAUUCCAUUGCAGGCGUUUUCUAUCGCGGAUUUUCAUUUUUGAUCCCAGCUUUGAAAGCAUGAUGAAAGGAUAACCACAUACAUACUGGACAGAUUUUGAAACAGCAUCAAAAAAUUUGAAGAGGGUAAUGUGACAAAUGAGGAAUUGAUGUACAUGUCUCAUGGUAUUUAUCAUAAUGACAUAGGAUUUCUUUUAUUACCUGGACUUAAAUAGACUAUUAAUGAACAUAGUUUGAAAUAUUUCUAAACGCAUUUUAAUAACAUGAUUGAUUGAAAAACGGGAUACA